AUGGGGACCGUGACCUAUCAUAAAGGCAUUGCUACCCUCUGGCUCGUCAUAUUUCCCUUUAUUCUCAUUGCUGCCACUUUCGGUUGGAAAUGGACACGUUGGAAAGCUGGCGGCAAGAUCUGGCGAUAUGCCAUCAUCCUCUGUUUGCUCCGGGUUGCUGGCAGCAUUUUUUCGUUGUUGUCCAUAAAUAACGACUCAGAACAUAUUGCAAUUGCCGAGGCAGUUUGUGGGCUGAUUGGUAUUGCGCCUCUGUCGCUAGCCUAUGUAGGACUGCUGAGACAAAUUGACAGGGAAGAAAUAAUGCCUCCCAGACCUAUGGCGUUAGUGCCUUUUGCCUGUCUUAUCGGCCUCAUUCUCGCUAUCAAAGGAGUCAGCGACUCCUCCUUCUCGCAUUACACGCUAAAUAAACUCGUGAAGGCAGCCAUGGGCGUCUUCCUCACCGUAUUCGUCAUUAUAAUCUUUCACAGUGAUUGGCUGUUCUAUGAGUUAAGCUUCUUGCGGAAUUUCCAGAAGAAGUUGUUCAUUGCUAUUGCCCUUUCUUCUCCUUUCUAUACCGCCCGAUUGAUCUACGCGGCCACCGGCGAUUUCUCUUAA